CAUUUGACAAUGUCACACGUGACGGAAGCAAAAGUGAAAAUGGCGACCACAACAGAAAACCCCUUCCAGCGUUUGGUGCAAACAGCUAAUAUUGGAGGCAAAGACUACAAAUUCUUCAAUCUGUCAGCAUUAAAUGAUCCUAGAUAUCAAAAGCUUCCUUAUUCCAUCCGAGUACUACUGGAGUCAGCCAUCAGGAACUGUGAUGAUUUUCAGGUACUACAGAAAGAUGUGGAACAUAUUCUAGACUGGGAGAAAAAUCAGACUAAAAAUGUGGAAAUUCCAUUUAAACCAGCCAGGGUCAUCUUACAGGAUUUCACUGGGGUACCAGCAGUGGUAGAUUUUGCUGCUAUGAGAGAUGCUGUGAAAAGACUUGGCGGUGAUCCACAGAAAAUCAACCCUGUCUGUCCAGCUGACCUAGUUAUUGACCACUCCAUUCAGGUGGACGUCUCAAGGAGUACUUUGAGAUUCUCCCCUAAUCCUGGAGGAGGUCAGCCCAAAUGUUUGAACUGUGAAGGUCCUUGCUCUGAUAAAAUUUGUCCAUUUCAUGGCCACAAAACAUCUAGUGCUGAUGCUUUAGAACAGAAUCAGGAAUUAGAAUUUACAAGAAAUAAAGAAAGAUUUGUAUUUUUGAAGUGGGGAGCAAGAGCUUUGAAGAAUAUGUUGAUCGUACCUCCAGGAUCAGGAAUAGUCCAUCAGGUUAACUUGGAGUUCCUUGCCAGAGUUGUUUUUAAUGAUAAUGGGACAUUGUAUCCAGACAGUUUAGUGGGAACAGAUUCUCAUACAACUAUGAUCAAUGGUUUAGGAGUUGUCGGCUGGGGUGUUGGAGGAAUUGAAGCAGAAGCUGUAAUGUUAGGCCAGUCCAUUAGUAUGGUGCUUCCUCAAGUUGUUGGUUACAAAUUGACCGGAGAAGUUGACCAAAUGACUACAUCAACUGAUGUUGUCUUAACAAUAACAAAGCACUUAAGGCAGAUUGGUGUUGUUGGGAAGUUUGUAGAAUUCUUUGGACCUGGUGUUUCUAAGCUAUCCAUUGCUGACAGAGCUACGAUUUCAAACAUGUGUCCUGAAUACGGGGCUACUGUAGGAUACUUCCCUAUUGAUAAUAAAAGUCUGGAAUAUUUAUUACAGACAGGGAGAAGCAAUGAACAGAUCCAGUUUAUAGAGCAAUAUCUACGAUCUAUUACAAUGUUCAGAAACUAUAAUGAUCAAGCUGAAGAUCCCAUGUUCUCAGAGAUAUAUGAGCUAGACUUGUCAACAGUGAGAGCCUGCUGUUCUGGACCAAAGAGACCUCAGGAUAAAGUGGCUGUCACAGACAUGAAGUCUGACUUUACACAAUGUCUCAACAACAAAGUUAGCUUUAAGGGCUUUGCAAUACCGUCAGAUAAACAAUCCACUACUGUACCAAUUGUCUUUGAAAACAAAGAGUAUACACUGUCACAUGGUUCUGUUGUCAUAGCAGCAAUUACUAGUUGUACAAAUACCAGCAAUCCAUCAGUCAUGUUAGGAGCAGGACUUCUAGCAAAGAAUGCAAUAGAAGCAGGAUUAUCAGUAAAGCCAUACAUCAAAACUAGUUUGUCACCUGGCAGUGGAGUUGUGACUUUUUACCUCAGAGAUAGUGGUGUAACUCCAUAUCUAGAAAAACUAGGGUUUUCAGUGGUAGGGUAUGGUUGUAUGACUUGUAUUGGUAACAGUGGACCAUUACCAGAACAGGUUGGGGAAGCCAUAGAGAAGGGAGAUUUGGUAACAUGUGGUGUUCUCUCAGGUAACAGGAACUUUGAAGGAAGAAUCCAUCCUCUGACAAGAGCUAAUUAUUUAGCUUCACCUCCAUUGGUCAUAGCUUACGCCUUAGCUGGAACUGUUCUUAUAGACUUUGAAACAGAACCUCUAGGAACAAACUCUGAAGGUAAACCAAUAUUUUUGCAUGACAUCUGGCCAACAAGGAGUCAGAUACAGGAAGUUGAAAAAGCAGUAGUGGUGCCAUCUAUGUUCAAUGAUGUAUAUUCUAGAAUACAGAAAGGAAAUACCAGAUGGAAUAGUCUAGAGGCCCCUGAGGGGAUGAUAUAUCCAUGGGAUGAUAAAUCUACAUAUAUCAAAUCACCACCAUUCUUUGAAACAAUGGGUAAAGAUCUUCCAGUUGUGGAAGGUGUGACAGAUGCUUGUGUUCUAUUAAAUUUUGGUGAUUCUGUAACAACAGACCAUAUCUCCCCUGCUGGCAGUAUAGCUAGGAACAGUCCAGCUGCCAGAUAUCUAGGCUCUAAAGGAUUAACAGCUAGAGAAUUUAAUUCCUAUGGUUCCAGACGUGGUAAUGAUGAUGUUAUGGCCAGAGGGACAUUUGCAAAUAUUAGAUUAGUUAAUAAAUUUGUUGGUAAACCUGGAGCUAGGACAGUCCAUUUACCCUCAGGACAAGAGAUGGACAUCUUUGAUGCAGCUCAGAGAUACAAGACUGAAAAUAAAACUGUGAUAAUUUUGGCUGGAAAAGAAUAUGGCUCAGGAUCAUCAAGAGACUGGGCAGCCAAAGGUCCAUGGAUUCUUGGAAUUAGAGCUGUGAUUGCUGAGAGUUACGAGAGAAUCCAUCGUAGUAAUUUGGUAGGAAUGGGUAUCAUACCAUGUCAGUAUUUAGAGGGCCAGGAUGCUACUUCACUAGGAUUAACAGGAAAAGAGUCGUACACAAUAGAAAUACCAGCAGAUAUACAGCCUGGUCAAAAUACUACUGUUAAGCUAAGUGAUGGCAGAACAUUCCAAGUUAAAGUACGUUUUGAUACCGAGGUAGAACUGGUGUAUUUCCGUAAUGGUGGAAUCCUGAACUACAUGAUCCGUCAAAUGUUAUAACAGCCACUAAAAAUAGAAAAUUGUUACAAAAAUAGAACUUGGGGAAAAUUUAUUGUUGACUUAUUAAUAGAUGUUUAUGUCUGAUUCUUUGAUAGAAGAGGAUUUUGUUUUGUGGAUGCUACCCUCAAUAUUUGAGUAAAUGUAUUAGUUAAAUUGUUUAAAGAUGAAAAACUUACAAAAUGACAAAAUUAAUUUGUUAAAUGAACUUUAUGUCUAUAUAAACAUCAGCAACAAUGGUCAGAUUCUAAAUUUUGAGAGAUUAAAAUACUUUUUUCUGUUAGGUAUUUUCAGUUGUUGAAAUCCAUGACAAUUAGAACCUUUU